CGACCCAUCUCCACGCCCCAUGGCCACAACCACGAUGAUGCCUGCCGCGCAGCUUAGCCGGAGGAUGCGUCCGAUCGGCAAAGACGCGAGCUUGGAGCAAGAGUCACCGGAACGACAUAUAGUACCUUUUACUUGCAAACCCUAGAGUUACCUUCGCAACUCGCAUCAUAUCUGGAAUAAACGGAGUAAAAGGAUAAUAACAAACAUGUCAAAACCGGUGGCUAUCGUAACAGGUGCAGGCUCCGGCAUCGGCGAAGCAGUAGCAACCCACCUGUACAGCAAAGGCUAUAAAGUCGUCAUCGCAGACCUGAAUCCAUCAUCAGGCGAACGUGUAGCCGCAAGCCUUGGCCCCGACGCGAUUUUUCACCAAACCGAUGUUUCCUCCUAUAAAUCGCAAGCACAGCUCUUCAAGCGCGCUUACGAAUGGGGUGGCAACCGUCUGGACUUUUGCCAUGCAAAUGCUGGUAUCGACGAUAGACAGAACAUCUUUGAGGAUAUGGACAAGGAAGAGGUGGAUGAAGAAGGUCUGGUGAAGAAGUUGAAUACGAAGACUAUGGAGGUCAACCUCGAGGGCGUGAUGCAGGGAUUGUGGCUGUUCAAGUAUUAUGUUAGAAGAAGCAAGGAGGCAGGUGGUGGGAAGGGUAAAUUCGUCGCCACGAGUAGUGCGGCCGGUUUAUAUUCCAUGAUACAAUGCCCUCAGUACACAGCCAGCAAGUAUGGCGUGGUGGGUCUGUGCCGCGCCUCUGGACCCGUAUUCGUCAAGGAGGGCAUCACAGUUAACGCAAUCUGCCCAGCCUUUAUUCCAACAAACCUCUGUCCUCCAGAAGUCGCAAAGCGCUGGCCUAAAGAGCACAUUACGCCUUUGUCAACAGUGAACAAGGCUAUUGAUGCUUUUUUAGCAGAUGACACAUUGACCGGCCAGGCUGUAGAGUUGUCUCAAGAGAAUAUCUAUUUUAGGCAGCCGGUCGAUUACCCGAACGAAAGCCAGCGGUGGAUUGGCGAGGAGAGUGAUAAGAUCUGGAAUUUAGGCUACCAGGAACCACCAAAGAGGCAAGGAUACUGAGAAAGAUACAGCAAGUAGUACUUUUACAAUGAUCAAAACUCCUGUUC